UUUAAAGCUACCUAAUAAGCAGACCUGCAUUUUCUGUGUGGGAAAAGACCAGCUAGGAGCAGUGAGUUUACCAUGUCAAAUGCAAUGGGGUGGUUCUAAAACCAACAGUAAAUACACCAAACCUGAGCCAGAUGGAGAUCAACAGAAAAGGGGGAUGUGGGCAUAGAUAUCCACUGGUCCAUCAGGAUAGACCCGGCUCACCUGUACCCAGCUGUGUAUCUAUGAAGAGUGAACAGUCUAUAUAUAUGGCAAUAAACUUCAGUGGUGGAGACUUUACCCAUGAACAAAGGGUCCAUCAGGAUAGACCCGGCUCACCUGUACCCAGCUGUGUAUCUAUGAAGAGUGAACAGUCUAUAUAUAUGCCAAUAAACUUCAGUGGUGGAGACUUUACCCAUGAACAAAGGGUCCAUCAGGAUAGACCCGGCUCACCUGUACCCAGCUGUGUAUCUAUGAAGAGUGAACAGUCUAUAUAUAUGCCAAUAAACUUCAGUGGUGGAGACUUUACCCAUGAACAAAGGGUCCAUCAGGAUAGACCCGGCUCACCUGUACCCAGCUGUGUAUCUAUGAAGAGUGAACAGUCUAUAUAUAUGCCAAUAAACUUCAGUGGUGGAGACUUUACCCAUGAACAAAGGGUCCAUCAGGAGAGACCAGGCUCACCUGUACCCAGCUGUGUAUCUAUGAAGAGUGAACAGUCUAUAUAUAUGCCAAUAAACUUCAGUGGUGGAGACUUUACCCAUGAACAAAGAACGAUUGGUGACCAAGAGCAGAGAUCAGAUUCAGAAAUUCCCAGUGGUCAGUACACUUGUUCACUGAUUGAUGAACUUCCUCUGGUGUACCGACUCAAAUCUACCCUGAAGAAGAGAAAUGAGUGCAUAUUUGAGGGAAUGGCUAAACAAGGACACUCGACACUUCUCAAUAAGAUCUACACAGAGCUCUACAUCACAGAGGGGGGAAGCGGAGAUGUCAAUAAUGAACAUGAGGUGAGACAGAUUGAAACGGCGUCCAGGAAAUCAGCAGCACAAGGGACGCGAAUCAAAUGUAAUGACAUUUUUAAACCUUCACCUGGACAAGACAAACCUAUCACAACUGUGCUGACAAAGGGAGUUGCUGGCAUUGGAAAAACAGUCUCUGUGCAGAAGUUCAUUCUGGACUGGGCUGAAGGAAAAGCCAAUCAGGAUAUCCAGUUCAUAUUUCCACUUCCUUUUCGGGAGCUGAAUUUGAUGAAAAAUAAAAAAAUCUGUUUGAAUGAACUUAUACAUCACUAUUUCAUUGAGAUGAAAGAAUCUGGAAUCUCCAACUUUGACAGCUACAAAGUUCUGUUUGUCCUUGAUGGUCUGGAUGAGUUUCGACUUCCUCUAGACUUCAAGAACAACGAGAGCUGCUGUGAUGUCACAGAGUCAACCUCCGUGGACGUGCUGCUGACAAACCUCGUCAAGGGGAAUCUGCUCCCCUCUGCUCUCCUCUGGAUAACAUCCCGACCAGCAGCAGCCAAUCAGAUCCCUCCUGACUGUGUUGACCAGGUGACAGAGGUACGAGGUUUCAACGACCCACAGAAGGAGGAGUACUUCAAGAAUAGAAUCAGUGAUGAGAACCUGGCCAGCAGAAUCAUCACCCACGUUAAGUCAUCAAGGAGCCUCUACAUCAUGUGCCACAUACCAGUGUUCAGUUGGAUUACGGCCACUGUUCUAGAGAGACUGUUGUGUCAGGCAGAGAGUGGAGAGAUGCCCAAGAAUCAGACUCAAAUGUACACACACUUCCUGGUAUUUCACAUCAAACAAGGGAUUCAAAAGUAUCUUGAAGACCAUGACAGAGAUCCACACUGGGAUAAAAAGAUAAUUCUCUCUCUGGGAAAACUGGCCCUCAAACAACUGGAAAAAGGCAAUCUGAUCUUCUAUGAGGAAGACCUAAAGGAGUGUGGCAUUGAUGUCAGAGAAGCAUCAGUGUACUCAGGAGUGUGCACACAGAUCUUCAGAGAGGAGUGUGGGCUACACCAGGAGAAUGUGUACUGCUUUGUGCAUCUGAGCAUCCAGGAGUUUCUUGCUGCAUUAUAUGUGUUUCUCACAUUCAACCAAAGCAGAGAGAAUCCACUGGUCAAAAAUAGAUCUUCAUUCAGGGAACAGGAAUCGUCAAUCAGACACAAAUCUACGAUCGACUUCUACAACAGUGCAGUAGAUAAAGCUUUACGGAGCAAGAAUGGACACCUGGACCUGUUCCUCCGCUUCCUUCUGGGCCUUUCACUGGAGUCCAAUCAGACUCUCCUACGAGGCCUACUGACACAGACGGGGAGCAGCUCACUGACCAAUGUGGAAACAGUCAAGUACAUCAACGAGAAGAUAAGGGAGAAUCCCUCACCAGAGAAAUGCAUCAAUCUGUUCCACUGUCUGAAUGAGCUGAAUGACCACUAUCUAGUGUGGGAGAUCCAAAGUUACUUGAACUCAGGAAGUCUCUCAGAAGCCAAAUUGUCUGAUACAGAGUGGUCAGCUCUGGUCUUUGUGUUGCUGACUUCAGAAAAGGAGCUGGAUGUUCUUGACCUAAAUACAUUCUCCAGAUCAGAGGAGGGUCUUCUGAGAUUGCUGCCAGUGGUCAAAGCCUCCAGAACAGCUCUGUUGAACAGAUGUAAACUCACAGAGAGAUGUUGUAAGGAGUUGGCAUCAGCUCUCAGCUCAAACUCCUCACAACUGAGAGAACUGGACCUGAGUGACAAUGACCUGCAAGAUUCGGGAGUGGAGCUGCUGUCUGCUGGACUGGGGAUUCCACAGUGUAAACUGGAAACAAUGAGGUUGAAUAGAUGUAAACUCACAGAGAGAUGUUGUGAAGAGUUGGCCUCGGUUCUCAGCUCAAACUCACACCUGAGAGAGCUGGAUCUGAGUGACAAUGACCUGCAGGAUUCAGGAGUGGAGCUGCUGUCUGCUGGACUGGGGAGUCUGCAGUGUAAACUGGAGACACUGAGGCUACAUGGAUGUAACCUCACAGAGCAAUGUUGUGAAGCACUGGCCUCAGUUCUCAGCUCAAAUUCCUCAUGCCUGAGAAAGCUGGACUUGGGUGUGAACGACCUGCAGGAUUCAGGAGUGAAGCUGCUCUCUGCCGGACUGGGGAGUUCAACCUGUAGACUACAGACACUGAGGUUGAAUAGAUGUAAACUCACAGAGAGAUGUUGUGAAGAGUUGGCCUCGGUUCUCAGCUCAAACUCACACCUGAGAGAGCUGGAUCUGAGUGACAAUGACCUGCAGGAUUCAGGAGUGGAGCUGCUGUCUGCUGGACUGGGGAGUCUGCAGUGUAAACUGGAGACGCUGAGGCUGAACCGAUGUAACAUCACAGAGAGAAACUUGGAAGAAUGUUCCUCAACUCUCAGCUCAAACUCAUCACACCUGAGAGAACUGGACCUGAGUUACAAUCACCCAGGAGACCCAGGAGUUGAGCUGCUCACUGUUGCCCUGGAGGAUCCCCAAUAUCAUCUCAAAACAGUCAGUGGCCACGUUGAAGGGUUUUUGCUGUUUCAGAGAUUUGCAUGUGAGCUAACACUGGACCCGAACACAGCAUACAGACACCUCUCUCUGUCUGAGGACAACAGAAAGGUGACAUGGGAGAAAGAAGAGAAACUGUAUCCAGAUCACCCAGACAGAUUUAUGGACUGGACACAGGUGCUUUGUAGAGAAGGUCUGACUGGGCGCUGCUACUGGGAGGCAGAGUGGAGUGGAGAUGUGGUUGAUCUAGCAGUAACAUAUAAAGGAAUCGGCAGGAAAGGAGUGGGGAAAGACUGUGGGUUUGGAUUUAAUGACAAGUCCUGGAGAAUGUUGUGCUCUGAUCACAGGUACACUGCCUUGUACAAUAAUAAGAGUACUUUCAUACCGGUCCCCUGCUCCAACAGAGUAGGAGUGUAUCUGGACUGGCCAGCCGGCACUCUGUCCUUCUACAGCGUCUCCUCAGACACAGCAACUCUCCUGCACACGUUCCAAGCCAAAUUCACUGAGCCUCUUUACCCAGGGUUUAGGCUUUGGGUUGGCUCUUCAGUGACCCUGUGCCAUGUAGACACCAAAGCCUUCAAAGAAACACAGUCAUAAGUUUGUCAUGAUAAUUGUGACGGCCACACAGGCUGUUCUAUUUAAGAAACCGGAGUUGCUUUUUUUACGUUUGGAAAGAGUGUAUUGGCCAGUGUCCUCUCUUUUUUUUUUUCAAAUGACACGCUGGUCAAGAAAGUCGACUCUGGAUGGGACUGAAGCUUGACCGCUGGAGGUCAUAGUUGAGAGGAGGAGGGGGGUGAAAACACGGACAAUUCUGAACUGUGACUCUGCCCCUGCACAAUGUCCUGCUGCAGCCGCAAAGCACCGUCAGCGGACGUCUUAUUCUGUUAAGGAACAGAGAGAUUACAGCGAUAUUUAUUUAGUACUGGCUGCAAUACGAUUCUUUAAUGGAUCUAUGAGAUGGAUCAUAUGUUGAUUUAUGUGCAGUAGCCUGGUUUCUAAGGAUGACAAUAUUUGUAUUAGUGAUGGUAUCUUACGAUGGUAAUUGUCUGUUUUUGUUGGUUCAUUGAUUCUAUAUUUGAUGCUAAUGGUUGUACUGUGUUUUAUUGUGGUACAGUAUGUAUUUACUAAUGCUGUUUGAUUGAUGCUGCUGUUAUAUAUGCUAUGGUUGAUCUAUGGUUGAUAUAUGGUUGAUCUAUGGUUGAUCUAUGGUUGAGCUAUGGUUUUAUGGUACAUCUUUAUGGCUCCUGACUUUCUAUUCUGUAUUCUGUUGCGUACGGUAUGUGUAUAUGGAUACUACAUGUGUACGUUUUGACUAUAACCAUUUAAAACAUUUGCAUAAAAGCUCCAUAGACUUCAAUGGUACAUUUUGGAUUCGCCACUGCUGUAACUUCGAUUGCUUCAACACAGUUUUUUGCUACCAACUAUAAAGCUUGUUGAGUAACACUUUAUAUGAAGGGGGUAUACAUUACGCCUUUCUAAACACCAGUCAUAACACAUUUACUGUUACAGUAUCAUUCAUAACAACCUUCAUAACACAUUUAUUCAACAUCAUUCAUUGGGAGUUUUCAAAAUAAAAGUCCCCCAACAAACA